AUCACUUACUGGACGUAUAUCAACAGAAAAAUCAAGACUUCAUCUUUUUCCUUUGUUCUUUCAUCCUGGAUGUAUCAUUUCCAACACCGUAGCAGUGUCGAAACAGCUUAUUUUUCAUCUAUUCUAGCUUUCGCUAGCAGCUCGACACUCUUCCACGGCGUUAUCUCCUGCUUUGUGACAAAAUGAAGAUGAUUUCGGGAGAUGACAGGGAUUCACGACAAGGAAGAAUGCUAAUUCGUCACCAUCUUAACACACUCGGGCUUCUGCCUAACUUGCCGCAUGACAUCCCACUAGCCAUCAGGAUCGCGAGAUGGAUGCAACACUUCUAGAGGAUAUAACUGAAUUCUUGUGGAUUGACUGUUUCCUCCCCGCCCAUGACCUUUCCGGCAUUGAUUCUAUAUAGGACGGUCUUUGGUACAAUCCUGCGAGCUCAACAGCUACACACAUGGCUAUUUCUGUUGCUACAGCGCAGCUCAUUGGGACGCUUUUAGAUGCAAUCGGCUAUGGUAUUUACUUAGCCCUCCUUCCGCAAGGCUUCAAUGUCCUUCGCAAGAAGGGAAUCAGAGGUCGCCUCAUGACAUAUCUUUUCUUUACGUUACUUGUUAGUUUCCUUACAAUCACGGUGCACAUUGGCUCAGACAUUGCUCGCGUCAUGGAGGCCUUCACUGUUAACUCGAACCAAACAUUCGCGGCAGAGAGAUAUUAUGAAAACCUCGCUACCUCGCUCAAUGUCACGAAGAAUUCUUGCUAUAUCAUCAUUACGAUGGUCUCUGAUGCACUUAUUGUGUUCCGCACCUUCAUCUUGUGGGAAAACAAUCCCUGGGUUAUUGCUAUUCCUGCGUUAUUGCUUGGAGCAGACAUUGACAAACCUGAGCAGAGGAUCAUUCAUGCCCCAACUUGGGAUCUGGUGAAGUACUUCAGUGCUGUGACGCUGGCUUUGAAUGUGCUCUGCACGGUUCUUCUAGCCUACAGGAUUUGGCGAACACAGCGAAUGAUUAAUAGACUCUGGCCAAGGAAGAAUCGUACCUUGUGCCGCGCUUUUGGCAUAGUUGUCGAAACAGCUGCUAUAUAUUCUGUCUCGCUCUUUGCUAUUCUGGGCAUGGCUAUAGCAGAGAGUCCGUGUUUGUUCAUAGUGUUGAAUCCGAUGCCACCCCUCAUUGGAAUUGUAUUCUUUUAUAUUGUCUUGCGCAGUUCCACCAAUAACCAGUACACCGCGGAACUACAGACCUUAACGUACGAACAGUCUUCCUCGAUAACUCCUCGCGAUGCACAAAGCGAUGAUGCCAAUCCCCGAGCUGAAGCAGAACUGCUUGUCCUUUCGCCAACGAAAGAUGAUACUCGUCCUUUCAGCCCAAUUGGAGUCGAACUUCGUUUGGAGGGAGUGAUCCAUACAGGUCCCGCCCGAUCCUAGAGACCAAUAAUGGACCAAAUUUCCGAGUGACCUAGCUGCUAAAUCGAGGACCUUCAAAAGGUCGCCUUGGAAAACGAUUGAUUGAAUUCGUGAAAUACUAUGUAGCGCUUAAAUCCUGGUCAUUUAUUGAACUGUGUCAUAGCUAGACGAGCCUACGAGAAUAAUAGAGGCCAAUCGAUGCGGGAAUGUGAUCCCGCGAGUGACUGGACAAUAUUUGAAUGUUGAGUAGGCACAAGAAGGUGUUGGGUCGGAAACUUGAAUUGAAAUCUCUGGAUAUUCAUGGUCAUUUGUGGAAAACAUGUCGUAUUGAAAUACACGUCGCGAGGGAGGAAAGCGAGUCGGUACGUUUGACCUCGUUGAGCUCUGAGGCAAACAGAUAAGGUACGUACAAAGAUAAAUAAACUACUUAUAUACGA